AUGCUCCAUUCAUAUAAUAUAUCCCAUAAUGAAUAUCUUGAACUUGAAGACAUUGUUAUUAAAUAUCAACCGCAUAAAGCCGGUGCACAAUGGAAAUUUCCUGGAGCAUUCUAUUUUUCGCUUACUGUCAUUACAACUAUCGGCUAUGGUCAUUCUUGUCCAACUACAAUAUGGGGAAAAUCAUUUUGUAUGCUCUAUGCCGUUAUUGGUAUUCCAUUAUGUCUUGUUAUGUUUCAAUCUGUCGGUGAACGUCUAAAUAAUUUUGCUAGUUGGUGUAUAAAAACAAUAAAAAAAUGUAUUAAAUUACGCCAUUAUGAAACGACACAAACUGAACUUGUUAUUGUUGGUACUGCAUUAGCAGUUGGAGUUGUUACAGGUGGUGCCGCUAUGUUUCAUCAUUAUGAAUCAUGGGAUUAUUUCGAUUGUGUUUAUUAUUGCUUUAUAACAUUAACAACUAUCGGUUUUGGUGAUUUUGUUGCUUUACAAACCAAUGAAGCAUUGAAUACCAAUAUUUUUUAUGUUGUUCUAUCAAUGACAUUUAUUCUUUUUGGUUUAACUGUUGUUGCCUCAUCAAUGAAUUUACUUGUACUAAGAUUUUUAACAAUGAAUACUGAAGAUGAACGUCGUGAAGAAAUUCAAUCAGCAGUUGCACGUAAUUCACUUCGAUUUGACAGUGAUUUAAUUAGUCCAAAUGGUACUCUCAUUCCUUAUCCAUCUCCUGAUCAAUUUGAAUAUUUAUCAACUGAAUUAACACCAUCUGAAUCAGAACCAUGUCAUUGUUUUUCAUGUUUUAAAAGUAAAAAGAAAGAACGUAAAAAAUUUACUGUUCGUCGUAUGCCUGGAAAAAUAGCUCAUCUUGUGCCAAUGCAACGUUUGGAUUCAAUUAUAGUUCGACGAGCUUUUUCAAUGGCCAAACCGUCCAAUACUGAUUAUCAUUUAGAAACGCCAACAAAAUUACCACCGAUGACAACAACAUCAGCAUUCGGAGGUAAAUCAUCUACAGAUGACUCUCCAGUUAUUGGUUGGCCACUACCUUUUUCUUGCUCAUCAAUAUCUCGUCCUCCUAUACAUACAUCCGCAUCAAUCAGUUCAUUAAAACCAUCAUAUGAACAAGCAACAAAUGUGAAUAAUACUACUGAUUCUGAAAAUGUUUUAUCUCAAACGAGAUUACAAACAAUGUUAUCUCGUUUUCGACAAGAUAUCGAGUUGACUCCAUAUCGACUCGAUAUCAAACGAUCUUCUGUGUGA